CGAGGGUCCCCCAGCCUCUUGUCCUCGCUGCGGCCGCCGCCGGCUCCCCGUGGCUGCUGCCUUGCCAAACGCGCGCCAGCGUGGCGCGCGCGCGCUCAGCUCGGCGGUUGCCAAAUGUGUCGCUGAGCCGCGAUGGUCUCGCCGCCGUGGUCCCCGAGGCCGUCCGCUGACGGCCGUGCCGAUCGCGCUGACGCCGCCCGCGCGGCGCUCGAGGCUGGCCAGGCCGCCGAUGCUUGGGCGCGCGCAGUGCCGGGGGCCAGCUGGGCGCCGCCCUGCGCGGCGGGCACGCCCGCCGCGGCGGAGGCCCUGGGGCUGCCCGAGCGAGGCGGCCCCGCCGGCCGCGCACGGGCCAGGCAGGCCGCCGAGUCACGGGCGCGCGCAGCGCCCACAGCCGCCCACGGCGCCCGCGCGGCGCCGCCGGGGCAGCCCGCGGUACGUGCCGGCGCCUGGGCGGCGCCUGUAUGGCGGGUCCCGGCGGACGCGGAGCCCGGCGGGGCCGUGGAGGCGGGCGCGCGCCCUUCGGGGGCCUCCGGCGGCUGGCGGCACAGGACGCCGCCCUGCGCGGUUGGCGCGCCCGCCGCCGCGGCGCAGGCGCACCCCGAGAUCUUGGCGUGGCGGAUUUCGCUCUCGCUCUCCUUGCGUUCCCGCCUCAUGUCGGGGCUCGGGGCCCUCACCGACCGAUCUGGCUCGGAAAAUGAGGCGGAAGGAUGGAGUCGACAUUUGGUCCCCAGAAGUCCCAGGGCCCGGUGAGGGCCCCCAGAGGCCGAAAAUGGGGCAACAAGUUUCCCGUCUGAUUUUGU